AUGGUCAAUCCGGGCCAUGCCAGCAAAUGUUGUGUCUCCUGGAGAGUCUGCUUGGGAUUUGGAGAAAAACAGGCCAACCGACAAAUAUCAGAGUCUCAUAUCUCAACGUCCUCUGGAGACGAUAAUGAAUACCGAGCAAUUGAGACCUCGGUAAAAUCCGCUUUGUCCAUCGAAGUGUUGCUUACCAGCGAGAAAUAUCCUAACAACUCACUCGACUCUGCAGCUCCACGGGGCUCUGAUGAGGUAUCUAUCCAUGUGAUAGAUACUAUAAGGAAGUGUCUUCGCUCACUACAUCAACCUUUACAAUCACUAGAGAAGCGAAGAGCGCUACUUGCCGAGUACGGUGCCGCAACCAAUAAGCUGAGGACUACACUGGCUGUCUCGCCGCAUUCUCUAGCUCUUGGCAGGUCAGUCCUCCUCUUCUCAAUAUACGAGAUGAUUGUCAAUAUCGACCUAGCAGACCAGACUUGGCAGCUCCAUCUUGAAGGACUCCUCAUAAUCCUAUCACAAUUACCACAUAAUCCACAUUCAACUUCAUCACUGGAAGAUAUUGGCACUCUACAUGCUGCGAUCCAGAUUUCCAAAUCUAAAGGGUACGCUUUUCAAAAGUUAACAACAUAUGAGGCGAAUAGCCUCGAAAAAGCCUUUUUGAUAUUAGACGUUGCAAUGUUAUGUUUGCGUCUUCUAGUGUUAGACUGUGAGGGUCUGCUUCAAAGGGUCCCGCGAAAGAUUGAUGUGCAAAAGCUUCGAGCCUCUGUCAAGCAAAUACAAAAGAACCUCAAUUUGUUUUCAAAGAUUUGUCCUGUGGCAGAGAGUGAUAGUGUCAAUCAUUCUUCUAGGGAUGAAUUGGUGAAUGCCCUCCUUCUGAUUAGAUGGAACGACUAUCACUGCCUACAACUCAUCACAGCAGACUUACUCUCCUCUACCGGAACGUUUGUCUCAUCUGAGGGCUACAAAGAGACAAGGGAAUACCAUAUUCUUUCCAGCACUAUCAAUGAAGCAAGGGAGGGCAUAUGCUCUGCGGUCCCUGUCAUCCUCGAGACAGAGCCUGCCUGGAUGAUAAGUCAAUCUCAAGAGCCAAUCAAGAAGCCAACUAGGGGCUUAUUCGUUCUUUGGCACUUAUGCUGCGCUAUUAAGGGGAGUAACAUAUCACAGCCCCGUCAUAAUUGGAUAAGAGAGAGUCUAUGGAGCAUUGGAGGACAGGCUUUUAUCCCACUGGCUUCAGCUUUGGCAAACUCGAAAACACGGAAUGUGAAAUGGGCGGAUGUGUUAGCAGGAUUACUCCUAAUACGCGUCGCGCUUUCGAAGGAUUUUCUGGAGCUUUUCAGCCAAACCAUAUCAUCUGACUGUACUGAUCAAGAUACUGAUCAUUAA